GGCUUCUGAAAAGCCAAGGUAGUAUCUGCCUGCUGAAGGUGUUCUCAGGAUUUCAUUCGCUCUUCUCCAGGAACCACAUCACCUGCCCUUCUACCUACACUUCUGCCUGCUGUGCCUAACCACAGCCAUCAUGCCUCGGGGUCAGAAGAGUAAGCUUCGUGCCCGUGAGAAACGCCAGCGGACCCGUGCUCAGACCCAGGAUCUCAAGGUUGGUCAGGCUACUGCAGCAGAGAAAGAAGAGUCUCCUUCCUCUUCCUCAUCUGUUUUGGGGGAUAAUCCCUCCAGCUCCCUUGCUUUGGGCAUUCCCCAGAAGCCUCAGAGAGAGCCACGCACCACACCUGCUGCUGCAACUAUGUCAGGCACUGGACCUGAUGAAGGUGACGAGAGCCAAGAUGAGGAAAAUGCAAGUUCCUCCCAGGCCUCAACAUCCACUGAGAGAUCACUCAAAGAUCCUCUAACCAGGAAGACGAAGAUGUUGGUGCAGUUCCUGCUGUACAAGUAUAAAAUGAAAGAGCCCACUACAAAGGCAGAAAUGCUGAAGAUCAUCAGCAAAAAGUACAAGGAGCACUUCCCUGAGAUCUUCAGGAAAGUCUCUCAGCGCACAGAGCUGAUCUUUGGCCUUGCCUUGAAGGAGGUCAACCCCACCACUCACUCCUACAUCCUCGUCAGCAUGCUAGGCCCCACCAAUGAUGGAAACCAGAGCAGUGCCUGGAACCUUCCGAGAAACGGGCUUCUGAUGCCUCUACUGAGUGUGAUCUUCUUAAACGGCAACUGUGCCGGUGAAGAGGAAAUCUGGGAAUUCCUGAAUAUGUUGGGGAUCUAUGAUGGAAAGAGGCACCUUAUCUUUGGGGAACCCCGAAAGCUCAUCACCCAAGAUCUGGUGCAGGAAAAAUAUCUGGAAUACCAACAGGUGCCCAACAGUGAUCCCCCACGCUAUCAAUUCCUGUGGGGUCCAAGAGCUUAUGCAGAAACCAGCAAGAUGAAAGUCCUGGAGUUUUUGGCCAAGGUGAAUGACACCACCCCCAAUAACUUCCCACUCCUUUAUGAAGAGGCUUUGAGAGAUGAAGAAGAGAGAACCGGAGCCCGGCCCAGAGUUGCAGCCAGGCGUGGCACUACGGCCGUGACUAGUACGUAUUCCAGGGCCACAUCCAGCAGCUCUUCCCACCCCAUGUGAGAGCUAAGGCAAAUUGUUCAUUUUGUGGUUGAAAGACCUGUUGCUUUCUCUGUUCCUGUGAUGCAUGAAUAACUUGUUGAUUUAUCUCUUUGUUGUAUUUUCUAGUGAUGUUUCUUAAAAUAGAAAGUUUAUUUAGAUUCAGAAUAUAAGUUUAGAAAUGGCAUGUAUCACACACUUAUUGCUGUUUAUCAGGUUGGUUUAGUAAUAAUAAUUUUGUUUUUGAAAUACAAAUAGAAAAUCCUGAAAUCAUUUUUGUGAUACAGAGCAAAAUAACAUGGCAUGGGAGUAAGGUUAUCCUUAGAAAUUUAUAAUAACUUCACAGUAAAAUAGGUAGAAUCUGAAGAUAGAAAGAGAAGAAAAGUAAAAGUUGCUUUAUUUAUGGUUUGUCUUACUCCGUUCAGUCUUUUUUUGUUCAUAAAUUUAAAAGUUACAUACCUGGUUUGCUUAGAUUAUUCAAGAAUGUGGAGGCUUGGGCCAAGGUCAAUGACAGUGUCCCCAUUGUCUUCCCUCCAUUAAGAGAAGACUUGGAGAGAUGAGGGAGAGAGAGCCAGAGAUAGUGUUGCAACUGGGUCUGGCAUGUUUCAGUGUGGUGUCCAGCAGUGUCUCCCACUCCUUGUGAAGUCUGAGGUAUAUUCUUUACUUUUAAUUAAGAAAACACUUAACCUUCUAAUUAAUGGAGGGCCAAAGGGGAGUUGGUGGGAACACUAUAUAUAACAUAUUUGUAUGUAAUAUGAUUUAUCUUUUCUUUUUCUUGCUUUUCAGUGUUCUUUUUUUAAAUUGUAGAUUUAUUUAGUUUCAGAAUCUAAGUUUGUGAAAGGCAUGAAUCACUCAUUUAUUAAAAUAUAACAGGUUGAAGAGCGAGAAUUUUUGCAUUAUGUAAAACAAUUUUAAAAUCUUUUAAGUCUUUUCCUGUGAUCUAGAACAAGAUAAUAUGGAAUUGGAAUAUUAAAUUUGUGAAAAGGAAAUUACCUUGCAAUAAAGUUGGUGGGACCAUGAAGUAGAGAAAAAAAAA